AUGCGUUUCACCGUCGCUAUCGUCGCCUACUUCGCCUCAGUUGCCCUCGCUGCCCCCGAGGGCCUCUCUACUCGAGAGCAAGACCCCGAGGCCGUCAUUGACCCCCUCGAGGGCAAGGCCGAACUCCUAGCCGCCACCAACGCAUCUGCCCCUGACCUCGUGUACGCCGGAGUCCUCGGUAACGGUCUCCUCGAAGGCUUCGUCGACCCUUCCGUUCCCGCCAUCGACGCACGGGACCUCGAGGCCGCCGACCUCGACACCCGCCAGACCUGCGGUGCCAACACCAUCAGCUGCAGCAAAACCAACCAGGCUCGCACCGGAAUCUGCGGCCGCCUUCUCGACAUCCUCGGCGGCCCUACCUUCGUCAACCAGCCCCUGCCCGCUGCCAACUAUUGGUGCUGGGCCGAUGUCCAUGUCAGCACCAACAACCGCUGCUGCAUCAGCUGGAGCAGACGGGUUAGCGGAUCCAAGACCCAGCACUUGUUCAACGCUGCCGUCAAAACCAUGAACCGCUGCAAGGCGAAUGCUUUGGUCUCUGGAUGGUCGCGUGAUGUCAAGCUGGGCACUACAUGUGUUCGCCAGUGCCUUUCCAACCGACCCGACGGUUGCAACUAA